ACUCUGUAUUGUGGUGAGUGAAAGCCUUAAAAACAAAUUUUUUGAGCUGGCCUCACGAAAAACACAAUCAAAAAUUUCUGAGCUGGUGGAAUCUUUGUAGAUUUGUAAAAAGUAGCUAUCACAGCUUGAAAGACAUUCCCAAUGGAUAUCAAUUUGCUUCCUCUGGAGCUCUUGCAACAUAUAAUGUCCUAUCUCGACUACCACACACUAAAAAUGGCAUCGAUCGUGUGUCAUCGGUGGAAUAAAGCUUCUGAACUGUUUAUCGUACGCAAAGGAAAUUUGUGCAUCACCGAGGCAACAGCACACCAUUUGAACGAUUUGCAGAACUGUGUGCGCGAAUAUCAAACUAUUCGUAUCCACCGAAUGGACGAAUGGUCAACAUUGCAGGCGGUAGUAACGAUCUUUACGCAAAGGUUUCCGAGAGUUCGAAAACUGCAUCUAUCUGGUUGUUUACAGGACUAUCUCUACCGAUUCUAUAAUACAUUUAGAAGUUGGAUGGAGCAAUGUGAGUUAAUUAAAGUAUCAAUCGACGAUAGAUUCGCCGAUCACUUACUAUGCGGGCCGGAAGACUUCGAACUUUCUUUGCCAAACUUGAAACAUUUGGUCUGGCACGAAUGCUUAUAUGGAUAUGGGCAAAAGACGGUCACCAUCAAUGCUCCAAACAUGGAAUGUGUCUACAUUGAUGAUAGCUUGGACGCAUCGUGUGUGGUCCGAAUUCCAACGAGCGAUCGACUAAAGUUCGUCAGGUGUAUGUUUUACACGAAGCACUUCGACGAUACAUUUAUUGGAAGUAUGCCCAACGUAGAAACUCUCAUCAUGACAAUAGUUUACGGUAACUGUGAUGUUGGUUACUUACAAAGUAUGCAUCAGCUUCGGUAUUUGAGUCUGAGUUUCGGCAGCGCAAAAACAUCACUGAGAAAUGUGGAAGCAAUGCAUGACUGUGAUCAGUUGAAAGUUUUAAGUAUUACAAUACAGGAUUCCAACUCUGAAAAAGGUUUGUUGAGAUUGGAUAAAAUAUUCAACAAUUUUAUAAUAUUAGAAACGCUUGAGCUACGCACCGUUGAAGUGCAUGCAACCGGUUCAGUUCCAGCAAAACAUUUGGAGUUCUUGAAACUGAGAGAUGUUACUUGCUCUACCAGCUCUAUGUCUGUAAGUGCUCCUCAGCUGAAAACUUUAUCAGUAUGUUGGAAAACGUUGCGCAUCCUUGAACUACACGAAUGUGAUCACCUCAAAGAGCUCUUUUUGGACUUGGAAUCAUCCGGUCUGAAGCAGUCAAUCGAACAUAUUGCAAACUUCUUUGUGUUGAAUCAUAAAAAUCUAUCGAAACUGGUUCUAUUCAGAAGUUACCAAGAAACUGCAAUCGAAGACGAUGCUUGGUAUGCUAGUAAUGACUUUGGGUUGGAAAAUUUGGAGCUAUACAACAUUGAUAUUAGUAUCAAUUUUUUCCGAAUGUUAUCCGAAUGGAAAUCGCUGAAGAGCAUUGCCAUCGUUCGAUGCACGAUCAACUGCGGUGCAAUUAAUGGUAAUGAUGGAGCACCGGCUACAACUAAUACUGUUCCUUUGCCCAACGUGGCACGGAUGAAGCUUGACAAUGUCAAACUAAGAGGCACGACAACGAGAUCGAUUUUUCCAUUGCAAUUCGGAAAAGUAUGUGAGAUCGAUUACACAUCGAAUUCAUCUGACCUGUUCUACAAUACGAAACAUCAAUUCUGCAAUCAUGAUCAACGUUUUAGCCCUUUCACUAACGACAGAAUUAACUAUGAUUAUACAUUUAACCCUUUUACUCAAGAUAUAAUUGAUCCGUUGAGUUUUUGAUUUCCAGCAAUUAGUUUCAUGUUUUAUUAUGCACAUCGUUACUACGAACUUUUAGUAGUGAACAUCUUCAUACUGGUACCAAAUUUAACUUUUAGUUGCUGCUCAUGCAUAGAAGUAAGCGAAAUGCGAGUCAUAGAAUAAAGCCGAGUAAUAAACUUUUAUAUCAAAUGCCAUCGUGAUAA